AUGGGUAAAGGAAAGGUUCAUUUGAUUGAGGUGACAUCUGAGUUAGGGGAUGAGGAGGUACCCGACACUGACACUGAGGAUAGCAUGGAGGAUGUUGAGCAGGUGCAGACACAGUUGGAGUUAGAUACCCCUGAGCCUUUGGCAACAACCAAAGUAACUAUGGCUACCCUCUCCAGUUAUCCUAAAUUUCAUGCCUUUAGGUUGAAAGGUACACUGAAGGGCAAGCGGGUCAUGAGCUUGGUAGACACAGGUGCCAUGCAUAACUUUAUUGAUCAGAAGUUAGUGGAGAGGUGUGGAUUACAGUAUGAGGAGUUUGGUGGUUUUGGAGUGAAGGUGGCGGAUGGUGCAGUUUUGGGCUGUACUAAAUGGAUUCCACAACUUAGUAUUCAGAUGGGGGAUUAUACUCUGAUCGAUGAUUUUUAUGUGCUUCCAUUAGAGGAUUAUGAUGUGGUCUUGGGCAUGCAGUGGUUACAGGGUAUUGGGCGUUACAUUAUUGAUCACCAUUGUAUGCAGUUAGAGUUCCUUUCUGGGGGGAAGAAGACUAUCUUAAGGGCAGCGUCAGAUGGUGGACCUAAGGAGGUGUCUUCUCAUAGGAUGGAGACUAUUAUUAGACAUAAUGAUGUGAUUUGGGCUUCACAUUGUUUGGUGAAGUCCAAAACACCUACACCUCAGGAUGGCAAGGUAUUUCAUGUUGAUAUUCAGUCAAUGAUGGACCGUCAUGGGAGAGUAUUUGGUGACAUACCUUUUGGAGUGCCUCCAGAUAGAGGUUUUGAGCAUGGUAUAGAGAUGGCGGAUGGAGCGAAGCUAGUGAUUACUACCCCAUAUCAUCAUCCUCGAGCCUAUAAGGAUGAAAUUGAGAAGACUAUUCAUGAGUUGUUGGAUAUGGGUUUCAUUCGGCCUAGUUCUAGCCCCUUUUCUUAUUCUGUUACCAUUAGAUACGUGUACAAGCAGAGGAUGUACACAAGACUGCCUUUCAUUGUCACUAUGGGCACUAUGAGUUUCUGUCGUACUUGGGAGGACCAUCUCAGACAUGUUGAGGAGGUACUUAGCAUUAUGGAGAGCCAGUCUCUAUUUGCUAAGUUAUCCAAAUGUGAGUUUGGACUUAGGGAGGUUUUAUAUUUGGGCCAUGUGAUCAGUGCUGAUGGGGUGAAUGUGCACGAGGAGAAGAUUCGAGUGAUUUGGGAUUGGCCCCGCCCUCAAAAUAUUACUGAGUUACGUGGGUUCCUUGGUUUAUGUGCUUAUUACAGAAGAUUUGUGAGAGGUUUUUCUCAGUUGGCAUCACCUUUGACAGACCUCAUAAAGAAAGGGGCAUUCAGAUGGACAGAACAUGCACAGGGAGUCUUUGAUAGACUCAAGGAGGUUAUGAGCACUUGUCCAAUUUUGGCAUUACCUGAUUUCUUGCAGCCAUUUGUCCUAGAGUGUGAUGCUUCAGGUCUGGGCAUAGGAGCUGUGUUGAUGCAGAACAGACAUCCCAUUGCCUAUGAGAGCCGGAAGCUGUGA